GAGGAGAGGCGGCGGGGACGCAGGAGGCGGGGGAGAGUCGCUCCCGCCCGGCGAGCAUGGGGCGCCUGGCGCCGAGGCCGCUGCUGCUGGCGCUCCUGGGGCUGGCUCUUUGCCGGGGACGCGUGGUGAGAGUCCCCACAGGGAGCCUGGUGCGGGUGGUGGGCACUGAGCUGGUCAUCCCCUGCAACGUCAGUGACUAUGACGGCCCCAGCGAGCAGAACUUUGACUGGAGCUUCUCGUCUUCGGGGAGCAGCUUCGUGGAGCUUGCCAGCACCUGGGAGGCGGGCUUUGCAGCCCAGCUGUACCGUGAACGCCUGCAGCGGGGCGAGAUCGUCCUGAGGAGGACUGCCAACGAUGCUGUGGAGCUCCACAUCAAGAACGUCCAGACCUCAGACGAAGGCCACUACAAAUGUUCGACCCCCAGCACAGACGCCACUGUGCAGGGCAACUAUGAGGAUACAGUGCAGGUCAAAGUGCUGGCCGAUGCCCUGCACGUGGCCGCCGCCCCGUCACCCGCCCCGGGACUGAGCCUGCGCCUGGGUGAGCCGUUCGAGCUGCGCUGCGCGGCCUCCACGGCGUCGCCGCUGCACACGCACCUGGCGCUGCUGUGGGAGCUGCAGCGCGGCGCGGCCCGGCGGAGCGUGCUGGCCCUGACCCACGAGGGCCGCUUCCGCCCGGGGCCCGGGUACGAGCAGCGCUACCGCGCCGGCGACAUGCGCCUGGACACCGUGGGCGGCGACGGCUACCGCUUGUCGGUGGCCCACGCCCUGGCCUCGGACCAGGGCUCCUACCGGUGCGUGGUCAGCGAGUGGAUCGGAGAGCAGGGCAGCUGGCAAGAGAUUCAAGAGAAAGCCGUGGAAGUGGCCACCGUGCUGAUCCAGCCCACAGUUCUGCGAGUGGCCGUGGCCAAGAGUGUGUCUGUGGCCGAGGGAAAGGAGCUGGAUCUGACCUGCAACAUCACAACGGACCGAGCAGAUGAUGUCCGACCCGAGGUCACGUGGUACUUCAGCAGGUCCCCCGACAGCAUCUUGCCUGGCUCGCCCGUGUUGGCGCGGCUGGACCGGGAUUCCCUGGUGCACAGCUCUCCCCACAUUGCUUUGAGCCAUGCGGAUGCACGCUCCUACCAUUUACUGGUCCGAGAUGUUAGCAAAGAAAACUCUGGCUACUAUUUCUGCCACGUGGCGCUCUGGGCACCCGGACACAACAGGAGCUGGCACAAGGUGGCAGAGGCCAGGUCUGCCCCGGCCAGUGUGGAUGUGACCUGGCUAGAACCAGACUACCAAGUGUACCUGAAUGCUUCGAAAGUCCCUGAGUUUUCAGACGACCUCACGGAGCUGGAGUGCCGGAUAGUGGACGUGAAGAGCUCGGAGGCCAGCGUCCGCUUCACCGUGUCCUGGUACUACAGGGUGAACCGGCGCAGCGACGACGUGGUGGCCAGCGAGCUCCUGGCGGUCAUGAAUGGGGACUGGACACUCAAGUAUGGGGACCGGAGCAAGCAGCGCGCCCAGGACGGAGACUUCAUUUUUUCUAAGGAGCACACAGACACGUUCAGUUUCCGAAUCCAAAGGACUACAGAGGAAGACAGAGGCAAUUAUUACUGUGUUGUGUCUGCGUGGACCAGACAGCGUAACGACAGCUGGGUGAAGAGCAAGGAUGUCUUCUCCAAACCCGUCACCAUAUUUUGGGCAUCCGAAGAUUCUGUGCUCGUGGUGAAGGCAAGGCAGCCGAAGCCUUUCUUUGCCGCGGGAAAUACAUUCGAGAUGACUUGCAAAGUGUCUUCCAAGAAUAUUAAAUCACCACGCUACUCUGUUCUCAUCACUGCGGAGAAGCCUGUGGGGGACCUCUCCAGUCCCAACGAAACCAAGUACAUCAUCUCCCUGGACCAGGAUUCUGUGGUGAAGCUGGAGAAUUGGACAGAUGCGUCACGGGUGGAUGGCGUUGUGUUAGAGAAAGUACAGGAAGAUGAAUUUCGAUACCGAAUGUACCAGACUCAGGUCUCCGAUGCGGGGCUGUACCGCUGCAUGGUGACAGCCUGGUCUCCUGUCCGGGGCAGCCUGUGGCGAGAAGCAGCCACCAGUCUCUCCAAUCCUAUUGAGAUUGACUUCCAAACUGCAGGGCCUGUAUUUAAUGCCUCCGUGCACUCAGACACACCGUCAGUCAUCCGGGGAGAUCUGAUCAAAUUGUUUUGUAUCAUCACUGUUGAAGGAGCAGCCCUGGAUCCAGACGACAUGGCCUUUGAUGUGUCCUGGUUUGCGGUGCACUCCUUCGGUCUGGACAAGGCUCCCGUCCUCCUGUCUUCUCUCGAUCGGAAGGGGAUUGUGACCACGGCGGAGAGAGACGGGAAGAGCGAGCUCAGCCUGGAGCGUGUGAGCGUGCUGGAAUUCUUGCUGCAAGUUCACGGCUCUGAGGACCAGGACUUUGGCAACUACUACUGCUCUGUGACUCCGUGGGUCAAGUCCCCGACGGGUUCCUGGCAGAAGGAGGCUGAGAUCUACUCCAAGCCCAUCUUUAUAACUGUGAAGAUGGAUGUGCUGAAUGCCUUCAAGUACCCGCUGCUGAUCGGCGUGGGCCUGUCCACCGUCAUCGGGCUCCUGUCCUGCCUCAUCGGGUGGGACCUGGCGCGCUCUCUUCUCUGCAUGUCCAGUCCUGAGCGCGGACACGUUUACCAGCACACGGCUCUUCUCCCCACGGCACUUUCUGGUAGAACAAUCACGAGCACGGAGGAAACCAGCAAUUUACUGCCGCGUGAACAGCCUACAAAGUAGAUCUGAGAGCAAUCUGUUUUGCCCGAUUGCUCGUACCAGGAGUAGGACACAGACCAAAAGAGAUCCUCCGCUCCCCAAGGCAUCUGCCCCUGCACAGCACCGGCCUCUCAGAAGCAUCCCAGUGGGGUUUUCUGAGGCCCACUGGUGACUCAUGGCCCACAUUGCAAUCCUCUCUGCUUUUAUCCCGGCUCUGACGGGUCUAACACUGCUCUGUCUUCCCAAGGGAAAAAAAGAUUCGUUUGUUUUGAGCAAUAAAGUCAUACAAAAUGAUGGCCAUUCAUGUGUGGCUCUUUGUCACAAUGGGCCAGACGAGCCACACUCCCCCACCGCCCCCCCCAGCUCACCAUCGUCCCCUCCACUUCCCUCACUGUUCUGCCCCAAAUCCAUUCUGCCCUUGUCACCAAGUCUCCCCUCCCCCCACCCCAGGAAGGGGAGGGGGUGCAGAUCACCACCCAGCUUCCCCUUUUGGUUCUGCCCACCUAGGGGACCCCUCAUGGUGGACAUUGUGCUAAGAGUAAUGGCACAGAUGCAUCCAGGCCCAGCAUCCGCCCCACCAGAGCACAGAGCACGACCAGAGAAAGAGGGGGAGGUCUUGAGGCGCUAGGUUCAGGUCUUUUCCACCUGUCAUUUCUUGCCUAUGUGAUGUCAGAGGAGGUGGGUCACAGGUGACUAUAUAUACGGGAAUUAAAGAGAGAACACUUAUUCACAGGUGCUAUGUUAGUGACACCAGUGCCCUUUGAGCCCACACACUUAUCAGUCCUAUAAGAAGAUUCAGGAUUAUUGUAGUGCAAGCCCUCGUUGGUAGAGGAAAGGGUACCUAGCCGUGCAUGUGACCAGGUCGCCCCAGGUCGAUGUGAGACCAUCGAUGGGUCACAGCAGACACUUGGCAGGAGGAGAAGUAACCUGUGCUCAUGCACUCUACCUUCUCCUUUCAAACUGACCUUGUAGCUCAAGGCUGGGGUUGUUCAGGCACGGCCCCCAACCCCAUCCUCUGAUCAUCCGGCCCAACAGCAAGUCGCCUGGAGGGGCUGGUCCAGAGGAGGAAGAGAUCCCAGGGCCUGGAAUGUGUGUCCUUUUAAAAGUCUUAGAUACACUCUGUCACUGUACCAAAUAGGGCUCCCCACAAAGUGCUCUUCUGGAAGUUGUUCCUGCCAGAAGCACUUGUAGGAAUGGAAGAAGAACCUAGCCACAAUUCACAUGGAUGAGAUUGCACUUCUUAACAAAAAGAAACUUUUUAAAAAGUUUUUUUUUUUCCCUAAUCACAAAAAUACCCCCAGAAAGAGCCUAAGCUAUGUUCAGAUAGAAGCCUUGAAAUUACUUUAAAUUGUUUACUUUGUAAUGUUUACAUACACUUUUUGCUUUAAAAAAAAAAAAAAGCAAAAACAAACUCUGACUUUUUAACAACUUUUCAGAUUUUUUUCAUGGGACGGUGGAACUCUGAUUCACCAACUGGAUUUAAAUCUUAAUUUAGAAAUUUAUUUAUUUGUGUAUUUUUCCCCCUCCCCACCCAUGUGGCUUUUCCCCUAAGAUCCUGGCAAAUGGCGCCCCUGCCGCCCAGACCCUUGUCUGUUUUCCCCCGUGGCUCUUGCUUCUUGCUUUGCAGACCGUCUGCAGCUAUGAUUUUGUCACUGACAUCUGUGAGCCAAAGACUGAGCCUUUUUGGCAGGAAUAAUAAGCAAUACUACACAACUUGCUACUUUCAGAAAACUUUUUCUUUUUUUAGCUUCACCGAGGACAACAGAGGAAGAAGGGAACUAGAAUUUGGGUAAGUUCUCCUCUGCUGUUGGAGCAAAUUCUCAGUGAUAAAUAUUGUGUGCAGAUCACUAAGAUAAAAAAAAAAAAAAAGGUGACUUUCUGUCUUUCUUAGCGUGGCACAUAAGGAUCUGCCGGAUUUCGCGUAGACAAAGAAAGGGUCUUGUGUAUUUUUGUCCAUAUCCGAUGUUAUAUGAACUAAUUGUAUUGUUUUAUACUGUGACCACAAAUAUUAUGCAAUGCACCAUCUGUUUUUUAUUUCAUUAAAGGAAGUUUAAUUUAAAUUGAA